UGUAUACGCCCUUAAAGUUGCUACAUACACAGCUCUGUGAAAGACAUGAAUUACCCUGUUCAUUUACAUUGUUUCCAUUCAAGAAUUAUGACUUCAAGCUUCCUCAAAAGCUAAACACCUCUCCCAUUUUUUUCACUGCACUCAGCGGUACAACAAAAAUAUUGAAGUUGGUAUCGUCUGUAAAGUUACAAUAGGUUUACUUAAUUCCACUAUAGGUCUAUUUUUUUCUUCUGAAAAAAGAUAGACCCCACCAAAUUACAUGUACACGUAUGUUAAAAUUGGAUGGAUGACAUAUCCCGAUAACAGCUCGCGGAAAACGUGCAUCACUGACCGUGCUGAAAGUAUCAAGCGUCUUGAAAUCAGCAGAGGGCGCUAUGUUAAAAAAGUGAAAGAACUUGGAGAACUGAAUAGAUUGCCUUUUCGUCUCAUGUAUCAUGCCUCAGAUAUCAGUAGGGGAAUGGAGAAUUUGUCGAAAGGCCUUUACCAUUGCUUUGCAAAAAUUACCAAUCGUAAAUUUUUCUCCCGGAUCCGCUUGUCACUUUUAUUGCUUUAUUUUUUUCCUCGCAAUUUUGUAUAUGACAUUUUGGGAAGGACCCUUGAAACCAGCCUUUGACUCGAUUAAGAUUACUAUGAAUAGACACACAGAUACAUGGGCUGAAAUGAACAAACAAAGCGUCGUAAAUGGUAACCUUCACACGGCCUAAACAAUGCAGGAUCACGUUCAACUGCCUGUAACCGUCAACACUUGUUGCCAAUGUCAAGUCCUUGGGGCUUGUUCGCUGUUACCAGAGCGCCGCGCGUUAGCGUGCCUUUCCCUGUAAUGAAAGGGUCACAGAAGCCACAAGACUGCAUGAAUAACCUUUCAAGGAUGUUGAGACUGACUCAGCUGCGGACAACUUUCUGAGAAGACAGGCGAAUAGGCGAGGAAACUAUGACUCUGAAUGUUCUCUAUUGAGAAGAUCGAAGAAGACUUGGUUUUGUUGCGCCGGCAAGAUAUGGCAAAUGUUCGGGAGCAGCUCAAGUAUUUGAACAGGAGGGUAGCUGUCGUGUCUCAAUAUGACCGCAAGCAUGGGGGAUCGUCAGCCGGUAGUAGACCCGGCAUGGGCCGUCGGAGGACGACAGCGUUAAUCCAGGAGGAUUUACUCAAGCCAGAGAAACCGGCUGGACCCACACCCUACCAACGCUUCAAAUUGAAGGCCAAUGCCGUUCGGUGGCUAUGCAUGGCUUGCAUCAGCUACAUGAGAGCUGCAUCCGAAAAGGCCUUAAAAGGUAGUCUACUGGAGGUAGUUCAGAACAUCAUGAGCCAGGCAGAAGCGGAGGCUCGUCGAACAGGGAAUGAUGGCUCACUACCCCGAGGCAUCAUCAGCUCAGCCUACCCAGACAUGACCUUUGAUGCUUCAGAGUUCCAACGAUUCUCAAAGAGAGGGGAGGGAAUCCCCAAGAGAAUCAAGGAGCUGUUGAGGGUGCCAGAGGAGGAAAGGACACAGGAACAGAUUGAAAAUAUUGUAAGGAGCAUGCAACAUGUGGAAGAGUUUGCCAAAUAUCCCCCUGAAGUCCAGAAGAAAAUGUGCGAAUACGCGUGGUAUGAUGAGUAUGGACCCAACCGUGUCGUCAUCAAGGAGGGACAGGAGGCAGAGGGACUCUACGUUGUCCUGUCUGGAAAUUUGACAGAAACCUUAGCUGGACAGACAUAUUUGCUGAAGAAAGGGGACAAGUUUGGAGAGAAUGAUUUAAUCCGUGGAAGCAAGAGAACCAGCACCGUAAUGACCAAGAACAAAGUGGAAAUGUUCUGUCUACAUUCUGAGGACUAUGCUCAGGUCUUCAACACCAAAUUAAACAUAAAACCAGAGGACUGCAUCAAAUAUUUAGGGACAAUACCAGUUUUCCAGAUGUGGAGUGGUCUUGGUAAACUCCUGGAUUCUCCCGUCAACUGGGGCAUUCAGAACUACAGACCAGGCCAGGUUAUUGUUCCUGACAGUAACACAAAUGACUGGAUAUACGUGGUCAAGUCAGGUACCUGUGAUGUUCUGAAGCGUCUGGUACCAGGGGUCUGUGCUUUUGAUCCCUCAAAGAAGAACUACAAGGAAUACAAGAAGGCCAUGGGUGCCAUAGAGAUGAGCCAAAUACACCAGAUUAAGAGGCCUGGAGCCAACAAGAAGAAGACCAUACCUCAGAUAAGGACACCCCAAGACUCAGCUAGCUCACCUUUGGGUGGAAAAGCAACUUUUCUGACGACACCAAAACCUCAGAGUGCCGAUAGUGGCUUCAAGCAGAGGACUCCCAUAUCUGGUAUCUCGGACAAUGUCAUGGAAAGAAGACGCAACCUCCAACCAGGCAUGUGGACUGAGUCUCUGGGCAAGAAACCUCGGAAGCUGCUGGAGAGCAGUGGACUCAAUGGCUGCAUCAAGCGUGGUAGCGAGCUUGACAUACCGUACUGUGUGCGUGUCGCUGAGCUGGAGGCAGGUGAUGUCUUUGGAAUGCUGACUGUUUUGCCCUCAUUUAAAGAAACAAGUGUGAGCUUGGUGAGUCAAGGGGCAGAAGCCAUUCGGAUCAACAAGACAUUCUUCCUCAAAUAUGCAGAUGAGAGGGUCUUCACACAGAUUGAGAUGAGGUAUGAGCCGUACCCUACCCAAGACGAGUGCUUGGAUGACCUGGACGUGACCUCGCAGUGGGAGCGAUUCAAAGUGGUGGAGGUAGAGAAGACUUUGCAGAGGAUAUCUUCAGCCCCACGAUGACAGCUGUGGUGCUGACUGGUGACAACUCCUCCGAGAAGCAUUAAGGAGACACCACGAUGGCAGGGGCACCACUCUAAAGGCGGGUUCAUACUACAGGCCAAUGUGAAGGCAAAGUGAAUUUGACGUCGCAAAAAAACUGAAAUGUGUUCAACAUUGCAAAUUCGCUGCGCGAAUAUUUCCUCUGCCAUCACCAAUUCACAUCUAUGUUCGCUUUCGCAGGAAGUAUGAACCAACCUUAACACGGAUGUUCUUUAUCACAUGCAGUGCAUGCACCUUUUUGCAAGUCACAGCACUUUAUUGGUCAGAGAGGCAUGUAACGUAUGCACAUCACGCACCUGCCAAUGAGCUUGACACAGGUACCCCCCACAGCAAUGGUUUCUAAUAUUGCCCAAUGAGUCUUUAGUGAGGCAUACAUAUCCAAGCAUGUUCGCUUAAAGCAAAAACAUACAUGCUUAGCAUAGUGAGAACAAAUUGCCUUGUGCAUGAUGUAUUCAGCUGGCUAACAGUAUCGCACUGCUUAGAAUAUCACAAUAUCUUGCUUACAUUUUAUAACUUGCCUAGGAAAAGUUUUUUUUAUUGAUGUAGAUCAAUAGCCCUGCAUCACUAUAUCCCAGCCUUCCAAAACAGACAAAUUAUCUUCAAAAUUUUUUUAAAAAAGAUUUUUCAGGAAAUAUACUUCUCUCUCGCAAAAAAACUUUGAAAAUAACAAGUGCACACCAACACAAUCCUUUACACAGAUGCAUGCAGAUCUGGGUCAAGUAGUACAAAGCAUUCACACUUAGUGUGAAAAUAAAGAAGACUCAGUUUGUCACAUCAGAUCAAACAUUCGCACUGCAAAUUUGCAAAAGUUGAACAUUUCAACUCAAGUGAAUUUUGUUGCAAAAGUAUGUUGUCAUAUUCCCUUAACUUGAACAUUCCCUGAAGUAUGAGCUAGCCUUUAUAAAGCAAGGAAAGACAAAUAUCAAAGGAUCUGAUGAUAUGUUGAAACUUAAGUUAUAUUUACAGUGUGACAAAAAUUACAUAAUCAUACGACAUGUAUCCCAACUUUUGAAUCCACUGAUUUUGUUGUGAUUCACGCACAGAGUGAAUAACAAAUUGGUUUUAUUUUCACAAAUCAAUCCAUGCGUAAAAUGUGUACACUAUACAUUUUCCAGACAAAAGCUGUUUUAUAUACAUUAUGAUUAGUUGGCAAUAGUUUCUAUGUUGCCAGUUAAAGAGGCUGUUGAAGAAUUGUAAAUAAGCACCUGCAAUAUGUAUCUUUAUGUGUCAGAAGUUUCUAGGGACCAAAGACAAUUAAAUUAUGGCGUACAACAAACUGA